UUAGAGCGCACCGUGCGCGAGAUUCGCGACAAUACCGUCACCACACGCUCACGCGCCACGUACCAGAACUCGUAUUGCCGUUUCCUCGCUUGGCUUGUCCGCAACAAGCCGCACCUCGCACCCCAGCCUUUCCUCGAAGCACUCGAUAAUACGGCUGACGGAAGCCUGCAGCAGCUGCGCACUACGAUCAAGGCCCUCAUCACCCAGGAUCGCCGUGUUGUCCCUCUGGACUUUGCGGCAGUAGCGGCAGAAGACUUCGUCACCUGGCUCGUGACUCUAGUGCGAACGGACGGUGGGGCUCUGAGCUCUUCGGUCCUAAACACGCACCGAGAAGGGCUGUUCAACCUCUUCCGUGACUACGGCUGCACCAUGAGCAAAAAUUUAGAGUCUGAGCUCACGAACUACUUCAAAGGCCUCAAGAAUAGACUCGCAAAGGCCGCAGCAAACGGCGAGAGAUCCGUGAAAACUGGCAAGGACCUGCUCAUGUUCGACCUGUACUCCUUCUUGUGGAAGAAGAUGCUU